AUGGCCUCUCUGGACCUGCCGUACCGCUGUCCGCGCUGCGGGGAACACAAGCGUUUCCGGAGCCUGUCUUCGCUGCGGGCCCAUCUGGAGUACAACCACACGUACGAGACUCUCUAUGUCCUCUCCAAGACCAACAGCAUCUGCGAUGCCACCGUCUUCCCCCUGGCACCGGACGCCACCCUCCUGACGCCAGCCACCCGCCGGGACGUCUUCGAGAGCACUUCCUUCCAGGGCAAGGAGCAGCGCUACACCUGUGACCUCAUCGCCACGGACGAGCUGGAGCCGUCUUCCUCCACAGUGUCGUCCCGCUACGUCCACGAGAUCGAGAUCCCGCUGACCGAGAUCUUCACCCGGAAGGCCAUGACUUCGGCCACCACACCUCCCGCGGCCGCGGCCGCCGCGGUGGCCGCCGUAGACGCAGCUUAUGAGGAAGGCCUCACCCGUCUCAAGAUCCGGGCUUUUGAGAAGCUAGAGGUGGACAAGCGCCUGGAGAAACUGACAGAAGAAGUCGAACAGAAGAUCGCCUCCCAAGUCGGCCGGCUCCAAGUGGAGUUAGACCGGAAGAGCUCGGAGCUGGAGAAGGCCAAGCAAGAGAGCCUCCGGCUCAGCCGGGAGAAGCAAGAGCUGGAGGACCGGGCGGUGGAACUCUCCCGCCAGGUGGACGUGAGCGUAGAGAUGUUGGCUUCCCUCAAGCAAGACCUGGUGCAGAAAGAGCAGGAGCUGACACGGAAGCAGCAGGAGGUGAUCCAGAUCGACCAGUUCCUGAAGGAGACGGCUGCCCGCGAAGCCAACGCCAAAAUGCGGCUCCAGCAGUUCAUCGAGGAACUUCUGGACCGAGCAGACCGAGCAGAGAAGCAGCUGCAAAUCAUCAGCAGCAGUUGCGGGACCACGCCGAACUGCAGCCUUGGGAGGUGCAGCGUACCAGGAACCAAAAGCAGCGGCAGACCGAGAGACAGGCACUCAGUCCCUGGAGCAACGGCACACAAUUCCUAUGCUGUUUCCAACCAAAGGUCAUCUUCCAGCACUGGGGCCUCUAGCCGUGCCAAAGCAGUCUCCCAGAGCUCAGGCUGCUAUGACAGCGACAGCCCUGAACUCUACCACGGGGACGAGAACGCGGACGGACAGCCCUACCAGGGCGGGCAGAACCGAGGCUCGGACAGUGGUGCGGAGAGGUCUGGAGGGGCCCGGGGCCCAGGCCUGCGAAGGCAGGCGAUCCAGAACUGGCACCGCAGGCCAUAUCGCAACAGCACUGAAGGAGAAGAAGGAGACAUCUCCGACGUCGGCUCCAGAACCACUGAGUCGGAAGCCGAGAUGUGGGAGACAGAGCCCAGGGUCUCCUCUGAGGUCCAGCAGGCAAACUUCUCCAGACCUGGAAACAGCUCCCGGCUGCCAGCCAGGUCUGAUGGAGGGAAGGCCGGCAGGCCGGAGAGGGGCAGCCCGUCCCGCUCCAACGAGGUCAUCAGCCCCGAGAUCCUCAAGAUGCGUGCCGCGCUCUUCUGCAUCUUCACAUACCUCGACACCAAGACCUUGCUAAGGGCGGCCGAGGUUUGCAAGGACUGGAAAUUCGUGGCCAGGCACCCUGCCGUCUGGACCCGGGUGCUGCUGGAAAACGCCAGGGUCUCCUCAAAGUUCCUGGUCAUGCUGUCGCAGUGGUGCACCCAAACGCACUCCCUCACCCUCCAGAAUCUCAAGCCCCGGCAACGGGGGAAGAAAGAGACCAAGGAGGAUUAUAUGAAAAGCACACGGGGCUGCCUCGAGGCCGGACUUGAGUCCUUAUUAAAGGCCACCGGGAGUAACCUCUUGAUUCUCCGAAUUUCUCACUGCCCCAACAUCUUGACGGAUCGUUCCCUCUGGCUGGCCAGCUGCUACUGCCGAGCGCUCCAAGCUGUCACCUACCGGAGCUCUACCGAUCCUGUGGGCCAUGAGGUCAUCUGGGCAUUGGGCGCAGGCUGCCGAGACAUCAUCUCCCUACAGGUGGCGCCACUGCACCCUUGCCAGCAACCAACCCGCUUCAGCAACCGCUGUCUGCAAAUGAUUGGCCGGUGCUGGCCGCAUUUAAGAGCGCUGGGCGUCGGUGGGGCAGGCUGUGGCAUGCAGGGACUGGCUUCAUUAGCCCGGAACUGCAUGCGUUUGCAAGUGCUGGAGCUGGAUCACGUGACAGAGGUGAACCAGGAAGUGGCGGCCGAGGUGUGCCGCGAAGGCCUGAAGGGCUUAGAGAUGUUGGUCCUGACCUCCACACCGGUCACCCCAAAAGCCUUGCUCCAUUUCAACAGCGUUUGUCGGAACCUGAAGUCCAUUGUGGUGCAAGUCGGAAUUGCUGACUACUUUAAGGAACCGAACAGUUCCGAAGCCAGGAAGAUGUUUGAGGAAAUGGUUAACAAACUCCAGGCCCUGAAGAAAAGGCCCGGUUUUUCAAAGAUUUUACACAUAAAGGUGGAAGCAGGUUGUUAACCCUUGCAGGAGAGAAGAAAAGGAAUCACAGCUUACAUCUUCUGUCCGCCUGUUACUAAAGACACCCCAGAGCCAGAACCAGCAGCCUGCAAGCCUCCGUUCUCUGGACC